AUGUAAUACCCUGCUGUCUGGCCUGGUAUAAGUACAUGUUUCAGAAGGAUGAGUAUUGUAUCCUGAUCCUGGGCCAGGGACAAUGCUGGCAAAACAACUUUUCUGGAACAAACCAAAAUCAGAUUCAGCAAAAACUACAAAGGGAUGAACCUCGCCAAAAUCACCACCACAGUUGGUCUGAACAUCGGCACCAUCGAUGUGGGAAAAGCCAGACUUAUGUUCUGGGAUCUCGGAGGGCAGGAGGAGCUGCAAUCUCUUUGGGAUAAGUAUUAUGCAGAAUCUCACGGAGUGAUCUACGUCAUUGAUUCCACAGACGAGGCACGACUGUCUGAGUCAAAGCGAGUUUUGGAGAAAAUAAUCAGCAGUGACGUUUUGGAAGGAGUCCCCAUCCUGGUUCUGGCGAACAAGCAGGAUGUGGAGGGUUGCCUGUCCAUUCCAGAUAUCAAAACUGCCUUUAGUGACUGUAUCAACAAGAUUGGAAAAAGGGACUGUCUCACCCAGGCAUGCUCUGCCCUUUCCGGGAGGGGCUUGAAUGAAGGCGUGGAGUGGAUGGUAAAGUGUGUAGUAAGAAAUAUUCACCGUCCCCCAAGACAGAAGGACAUCACAUAG